AUGACUCGCUCAAUAGACUUUGCCGUUAUAGACAACCUACACGCUUCAGCAUCUCGAGGUCAACACGCCCAUGUCAUUCAGGAGACCGUCGCCAUUGCCAACGAAUUACAGAAUCUUCGACUCCAUCUGCUUGACAUGCGAGCACGAUCGUACGUUGCUUGUGCCCAAUUUGCCAAAGCCUUGGAGACAGCAACUACAAUGCAAGAAAUGAAUCCAGCGUCAGCACUCGGUUACCUGUGCCAAGGAUACAUCCACAUGGAACAAGGACGAUACAUUACAGCAGUCCACGUGUAUGAAAAAGCAAUGGAGUGUGUGGAUAAGCGUGAUCCAUCGUACGAGACCAUCAUCACAUCAAAAGACAAGGCCUUGCAGCAGGGCGAAAGGUGCAGAGAUUUUAUAUGCGACUUCCCUAUCGACAUCAGUGCUCGUAUUAUCCAAGAGCUGUACGUUGACGAAAAGUAUCCACAGCAACGAGAAUACGUCAUGGUGUCAUGGGAUUGGUGGCAUCGUAUCAUGGCAGCCAAUCAUCUUGAAUAUUCUUUGGACAGUAUCAUGGCUUUGGAGGAAACCAGUGACAUGGUGAUUCAGUCAUUCAACCAUGUGCGAUCACUUACCUAUUACUACGGCGACGGCAGAUUGAGCCAACUUUUGGAAAGGUAUCCCUUCACAAGCUUGACAACGUUGCAACUAAAUGGAGCAACCGUUGAGGAAACGAUGGGAGGAUUAUCAUUGAUCGGCAUGACGUUGACGACAUUAAUAUAUGAAAAGCCCCCUUUGGGUCACAACAACGAUUAUACGAUUCGGCUGCGAGACAUUUUGGCAACAUGUCCGAAUUUGGUUUCCUUCAAUUGCCAAUCAGCAGUCGACAUUUCAUCCCUGAAGGUGACCUACCCAAAGUUAAGAACGCUUGAGAUGUACUCGGUGAUUGGGACGGUGGAUGAUCAGGUCAUGGUGAUGCUGCAGCAACACCUACCAAGCUUGAGGGCAUUGGAUAUGGCUAUCGUUGGCAGCUCACGACCCGUGACAGUGGAUGACCCAUGGAUACCAGCUAUUCGUCAUUUGGGAUAUGGUGAAUGUCCAAGCACGUAUCACCAAAAUCUCACGUUUGAGGAAUAUGAAGAGCAAGGGUUGGUCUCUCUUUCAAUCGUACCCACCAGGCAUUUAUUUGCACUUGACGCCAUUGCACCUCUUAUCAUCCACCAUCAUGCUACACUUCAAUUAUUGGCACUCAGGGGCCAUUUCAAUACGACCCAUACGGGCAACAUGACCGAUGCUAUGCACAACUAUCGUAGCGUUGAAUUCACACGGCUCAAAAGGCUACUUUUGUGGACAGUGUCAGAAAACACCAACAUGGAAUCUUAUGCCAGUUUCAUCGCGUGGAUAAUUCAGCGUGCGCCCUUUUUGCAAGAAAUUACACUACACGGCAAUAUAAUGAAUAAAUACACAUUACAAGCAAUGGCCAAAUGCGCUCACCUUCGCUCAGUAUCUUUCGCCACUCAUCCUACCCAACGUUCUGAAGAUUAUGAUGCCAUCGUGUCACAGUUUGUAAAAGACCAUGCCAACUAUACGGCUGAUAAAGGUGGAUCACGUUUAGAAGUGCUCAAUGUACGACUCCAUAAAGCAGACGCCAUGCUGAUUGACGGCUUUCGAGGAUUGAAAUCUCUGACAUCGUUGUAUUUAUUUACCAAUGAUAUCGCAUCAGAGCCAUUUGUGAGGUUGUUUGAAUCGCUUCGUCAAGGGUGUCAAAGCUUGGAAGAUCUACAUCUCCAUAAUGAUGGUAUGGUGCCAAAUCGCAUCUUGUAUCAAGUUGGUGGCUGCGCCAAUCUAAAGCGCCUUAUUAUCAGUGGAGACAUACGUGAGGCUCAAGCAGGUUUACUAGGCUUACAACGUUGUAGUCAUCUACAGCACCUCUCAACCAAUUACCCCAUUGAUGAAGAUAUCAAAUCCAUGAUACGUGAGAAGUUACCUGAUUGUUCUAUUACAGGUCCGCCCUACCCUUUUAGUCACAUAACAGUGGUCAGCUCUCCCACCAUCCACCUUACAUGA